GCUUCCCCGAGCCGGGCGGCGGCGGCGCCGCCCCCGCGGUCCCGAAGGUGCCCAGAUUCGCCCCGAGGGCAGCGAACGGCGGGACAUGGCAGCGGGCGGGCGGCGGCCGGCCCAGAGCGCUGCCGGCGGCGGCCGCCCGCGCACCGAGAGGCCGCGGUGACGCCUCGGCAGCCCGAGGCCGCGGGGAUGGACGGCGCCGAGGGAGGAAGAGGAGGAGCGGGUGACUUCGUGUCUGCCCUUCCUCCCGAGAUCAGCGCCCGCAUUUUCAGCGGGCUGGACGUGGAGAGCUUGUGCCGCGCGUCCGUGACGUGCAAGGGCUGGCACCGCGUCAUCGAGGGCAGCGAGCGGCUGUGGCGGCACCACUGCCUGGCCGUGCGCGCCGUCUGCCAGCGGGAGAUCGACUGCGACCGCGGGAGCGGCUAUUCCUGGAAGAUUACAUUGUUGAGAAACUACUGGAAAAGCAAAGUGAAGCAAGAAUGGCUGAGUGGGAAAUACAGCAACAUUCCCUCACAAUUCAGCUUGCCAGAGAAAAGCAUGUACCCAAUGGACGCUGACACAUGGGGAGAAAUCUUGGAAGCAGAACUCGAGAGAUGAGAAACCACUGCUGAUUCUUGCAACUCAAACAACUUUUGCCAAUAGCACACACAGUUUUGGCAGUUUUGCAAAACUGAUUUUGAAUGAUUUUUGGACUGAUUAUGAAUUUAUGAUGAAAGCUUCUCAAAAAAACCCGUUAUGGAUGUCUUUUUUUAAUUUGCAGUUUACUGUAUUAAUUUAUGUAAAAUUCUAAAGACAAAUAUUUAGUUGUAAUUUAUAUUUAUAAAUUUAAUGUUCUACUGCGCUGUCAAAAAUACGCUGAUUGUAAUUUCAGUUUGCACUUUUUGUUUUGGAAGAGAUGAUUUUUAUAUUUAAAAAAAACAAACAAAAAACAACUCUCCAAAAGCCCCAAGGUGUGUUUGACUUUUUGACAUGAAGUAUAUUGUAUCAGCAGCACAUGAGAGCCCACAAAGUAACUUAGAUAACCCUGUGAGGUAACACAGCUUGAUAUAUUUUCACAGUCAGGUUAAAACACAUUGAGAAACUUAGUUUUUUCCUGUGUGCUGAUCUUCCAUCACAGAGGCCUUGCUUUUUGCACUGAUUUUUGGCAUCAGCCUUAAA